AUGGCCCCAGACUCACCGGCCAGCGGCGCCGGGCCGCGGAGCGGUGGGGCGACGGGCGAGGAGGCCGUCCAGAGGGAGCUGCAGGCCCUGAGGGGCAGUUGGCGCUUCGCCGCGUUCGUGCAGUUCUGCCGGCUGUUUGAGGAGCCCCUGAGGCUGCGGUCGUACUCCAGCGACACUUUGGAGGGCGCGCUGCUGUUCCCGGAGGAGCACCAGGUGUUUCUGUCCGAGAUGAUGUUCAAGCUGCUGAUGCCCGACCGCAAGAAGGAGUACAGGCCCGAGGACGCCGACCGCUGGGAGGGCCUGCUGCAGGACCGGAUGGCCAAGCGCUGGCACGAGUGGUUCGAGAGCAACCCCCUGGAGGCGGCGGGGUAUUACGAGAUAGCGCCCAUGCAGCGGCUGGAGAUACUCUACGUGCUCGCGGACAGGGCCAGCCAGGAGAGCGUCAAGCUGCGGGAGUCCGUGAAGAGCAUGGUGGAGGACCCCGCCCAGACGGCUGACGUCCUUCGGGCGUCGCCCAUCGGCUGCGACGCUCGGGGGAAUCGCUACUACCUGUUCGCCACGCGCUACGAGGACUGCCGGGUCUACAAAGAGGAGAUCCUGCGCAAGAGCAAGGCGCGCAAGAAGGGCGGGCCGGUGGAGGCGCCGGAUCCCCAGUGGCGCACCGUCUGCUCAACCAUCGACCAGCUGGAGGCGUUCGUGGACAAGUUCCACACGUCGCGCAACGCCAACGAGCGGGCGCUGUACGCCGUGCUCAAUGACGAGGUGCUGCCGGAGAUGCUGCGGUCAGAGAAGGCGCGCCGGCGCGCGGAGGAGAGGGCCGCGCAGCUGGAGGCCGCCCCGCUCAAGCGGUCGACCAGGAUCAAGGAGAUCCUGACGCGGAAGGAGGAGGAGGAUCGCAGGAGGGCGCAGGAGGAGGGGCUGGCCGCCGAGGACGAGCGGGCCAGGGAGGCAGAGAGGCAGCGGCGGGAGCGGGAGAUGCGAUUGCUCGGCCGGCAUGAGGCCGAAGAAUUGCUGUACGGGGGAUCGAUGGGGCGCAGGGCGCCCAGCGGGCCGUCGAGGGAGGAGAGAAUGCGGCUGAGGGAGCAGCGGCGGGAGCUGGCAGAGCUGGAGCAAGGGCCGGGGGGCAAGAGGAAGGGCAACUGGUGCCCGGUGGGGCCCGGGGUGCGAUGCCCCAAGCGCAGCAGGGUGCACAGGACGCGGCCGGCGGGGGACGUCUCCAGGCUGGUGGCCGUCGUGAGGGAGCAGUUCUGCUCGCCGGCGCACGGCGGCCUGGGUUGGAAGCACCACCAGCCGGCGGGGUCGGCGCAUUUGCCCCAUGCGCCCACGUGGAAUGCCUGCUUUCCGCAGCACGGGGCCGUGCGGCAGGCGCCCCAAGUGCUGCCGCAGUAUUCGAGGGGGCAGGGAGCGCAGGCUGGGCUGGGGAACCCCAACAGG